AUGGGCGCCACUCCUUGCAGAAAAAAAUGCAAGAAAAGGAAGGAAAAAUGUGCAUUCUCUUUGCGGACAUGUAGGACACCAACCGGACAUUUACCGGCUGUCCCAAACUGGGUGCCUCAUCAAUAUAUUGAAAAAGCAUACGUGCUAUAUGAUUAUGAAUCAAGAAAUGCUGAUGAAUUACGUUUAUAUCAGGGAGCGACUGUUUAUGUUUUAAAAAAGAAUGAGGAUGGGUGGUUUGAGGGAGUAAUGGAUGGAAUUACUGGACUUUUCCCUGGAAAUUAUGUUCAGACAUUACAAAAUUAA